UCGGAGUUAUGACAGAACAUAACCUAUGUUGCGUGUUGAUUAUCAUCCGUUGUCAUCAUGACAAAUGUAAAUAAAGAAACGAUACUUUGAUGAUUUGUCAUAAUACAAUUUUGCGCUUCUCAUUCACGUUAUUAUGCCAUAAAUUGUGUCCAAAGUGCUCACAAAAUUGUGAUACGACGUCGUGGAUUAUUGUUAAUAAGGUUGUAAACAUUAAAAAAAAACAAGAGAAAGUUGUGCUUUUCUAUUUACAUUCCAUUGUUAAUUCCUUUCACUGACAAUGGAAAAACGAAACGUUCUAUUUAUCUACUGCACUUUUCUUACUCUUCAAAGUAUUUAUGGACUUCACAGAAGCUUGAAAUAUUAUGAAACAAUUCAUAGUACUCACUUUCAACAUAGGAUUUUAAAACGGGGUAUUCACCAUAGCUAUCAUCCAUAUAACAGAAUAAGUGAAUUAGAAUUUCAUUCACAUGGGCGCCAUUUUCGAUUAAUUUUAACACCUAGAAGAGAAGUUAUACAUUCCAAUUUCAAGGCAUAUGAAGUCAAUGCUGAUGGAAAGGAGAAAACCGUACAUUUAGAUCAUGAUAAUUUUUAUCACGGCCGAGUGUUUGGAGAAAUUGAGUCUCAUGCUCAGAUGCAUAUUGAUGAUGGUAUCAUGACAGGUAGUAUAACAAUCUUGGAUGAAACUUUCCAUAUUGAACCAUCCUGGAGGCAUCUUUCUCAUUUAGAUAAUCAAACGAUGAUUAUUUAUAAAUCUUCCGAUGUCAAACUCAGUUGGGAGCAUUAUCAAGAUGGAGAAGGUCAUACACAUGGAACUCCAAAGACCUGUGGUUAUGUUAAAGAAGAUAUAAAUUAUACUUUAAAUGACAAUUCUGAGGAGGAUGAUACAGAAACGGAUAAUAGCAGUAGUAGGGUAAAAAGGCAAACAGAGACUUACGAAUAUACACCAACAAAAACAAGAUGCCCAUUACUACUAGUCGCCGAUUAUCGGUUUUACCAAGAAAUGGGCGCCAGCAGUACAAAAACUACAAUUAAUUAUCUGAUAAGUUUGAUUGAUAGAGUACAUAAGAUUUACAAUGACACUUUGUGGCAAGAGCAUCAAGAGGAAGAUGGUUUCAAAGGAAUGGGUUUUGUUAUUAAAAAGAUCGUCGUUCACAGUGAACCGACACGAGUAAGAGGUGGUGAAACACAUUACAAUAUGGUUCGCGAGAAAUGGGACGUCCGUACAUUGCUCGAGGUGUUCAGUCGAGAAUAUAGCCAUAAAGAUUUCUGCUUGGCUCACUUGUUUACUGAUCUCAAAUUCGAAGGUGGUAUCCUCGGAUUAGCCUAUGUAGGAUCUCCUCGUAGAAAUUCGGUGGGCGGUAUUUGCACACCAGAAUAUUUCAAAAACGGAUAUACAUUAUAUCUGAAUUCGGGAUUGAGUUCCAGUAGAAAUCAUUAUGGACAGAGAGUGAUUACAAGAGAAGCCGAUUUGGUUACAGCACAUGAAUUCGGUCAUAAUUGGGGUUCCGAGCAUGAUCCGGAUAUCUCAGAAUGCAGUCCAAGUGCAAGUCAAGGUGGAUCUUACUUAAUGUAUACCUACAGUGUUAGUGGCUAUGAUGUAAAUAACAAGAGAUUUUCUCCAUGUAGUUUACGAUCCAUCAGGAAGGUCCUGCAAGCUAAAUCUGGACGCUGUUUCUCAGAGCCAGAAGAAUCAUUCUGUGGUAAUUUGAGAGUCGAGGGCGACGAGGAAUGCGACGCAGGUCUCUUGGGAACAGAAGACAAUGACUCGUGUUGCGACAAAAACUGUAAGCUUCGAAGUAAUCAAGGAGCAGUUUGCAGUGACAAAAACUCUCCUUGCUGCCAGGGUUGCGCAUAUAUGCCUGCGGGCGUAAAAUGCCGUGAUGCGCAAUAUGCUACUUGCGAACAGGAAUCGCGCUGCACUGGUGCGUCUAGCGAAUGCCCGAGAUCUCCGCCCAUGAAAGACGGCACUGAUUGUCUCGAACGUGGUCAAUGCCGUCUAGGCAAAUGCGUACCAUACUGCGAGACUCAAAAUUUACAAAGCUGCAUGUGCGAUACUAUUGCUGAUGCGUGUAAGAGAUGCUGUAGAAUGAAUUUGAACGAGACGUGCUUUCCAAUAGACCAGCAAGACAUUUUACCCGAUGGGACACCGUGCAUUCAAGGUUUUUGCAACAAAGGUGUUUGUGAGAAAACAAUUCAGGACGUAGUAGAACGAUUUUGGGACAUUAUUGAGGAUAUAAACAUCAACAAAGUUAUGCGCUUUCUGAAAGAUAAUAUAGUAGGUGCUGUGAUAAUCAUCACUGCCGUUAUAUGGAUACCGGCGAGUUGCGUUAUCAGUUACAUUGAUCAUAGACGCGUGAAAGAGAGCGAAAAAAAAUGGCAGUGGAAACACACGGACGAGCUCAUUCAUCCGGAUGAGCCGAGACAAGUGAUAUAUGUUGGCGGUCAGCGCCAACAAAGGGUACAGCAUGUCAUGCAUCAAUCGUGAAUUUGCAUUACAUAUUUCGAUAUCUAGUCAAACUUAUAUCAAGUGAUAUAUUUAUGAUAUAUAUCUAUUUAAAAUGACAA